AUGGAAAAGCGAAAGACAGUCAUCCGCAAGGCUGCCGAUACCGUCCACGACCUUCAUCGCCGUGAAGGAGCUCCUCCACGAGGCCAUCGGAAUCGUCGUCGUCCUGCGCUCCAGGAGCUCGAGCUCGCUUGGCCUGGGGCUUCUGGGGUUGCGUCAGCAUUCUGCACAUCCAGCAGAGCACCGUACUAUGACUCAUUCCAGAAGCAGCCGAACGUCACGUGUUCCAGAAUAGCGCUUGACACCGGAGCCGUCCUUGUCAAGCCGCGAAAAACCUGCAUCAGAGAGGAAGUCCAUGCAGGCUUGGCCUUGGCAUCAGUGAGCACGCCGCGAAGUUUGGAUGCAGCCUGGCCAGUGGAG